AUGACAGCUAAUUACUCCUGGCCUUUUUAUCCGAUUGCCAACCAGGCAUUGUAUGGUUACGACCAGGCAGCCAACAAAUCUUUCAAAAGCGAGACAAUCCCAAAUGGCGUCAGAACUCAGGUGGAAGAUGGAAUCCAUGCUCUGUUUGUGCCUCCAGGAGUAGAAAUUGACCUUGGUGACUUUUCUGGUUCUUGCAUCAGUAAUCCAAAUCUCUGUGAGAAUUUUACAGUGUCAUUUCUCUUUAGAUCCGGAGCCGAAAAAGGACUAAAGGUGCUGGACUCGGGGGUAAAAUAUGGCGACAGAGAUGAAUAUGGCUGGUCGUUUAAGAUUUCUUCCACCUCAGUCGGUGAAGCGGUAGUUAUGGUCUCAGAUGGGAAUAGUGAAGUAUAUUUCGAGAAACUAGCAGGAACUAAUACUUGGAUCCAAAUGGUAUUUACCUUUGAUCCCGAUUCAAGCAGCCGCAGUUUAGUCCUCUACCAAAACGGGUCCCAUGGUGAUGCACCCAUGGGGAGCUCUAGUGUUUCGCUUCAAGACCGGAACACGCGUCUGAAGCUUGGCUCAAGAUCCAAUACAAAAGGAUUCUUCAUCAGUAACUUAAACUUUUUUGGAAUUAAACUGAAAGUCGAUGAAAUUAAAGAACAUGGAAACAGGAGUUUUAAAGAAGGUAUGAUGUGCUUAGACAGGGUAAAAAAGGAAAUUUUAAGCAAUUGUUGCGCGUUAACAGUCAACUACACAAUGAAGGUUUAUCUGACAUCGUUCGUGAACUAAAUAUGACCGAAAAAACAAUCAGCGCUCUAUUCUUAGAUUAGAUUUAAUGAUCAAGACUAAAAAAAAAUUUAACGGGACUGGUACAUUGUGUCCUUGCUAGCGGCUUGCAACGAAUAUUGAACAGCGAUUCUUAGGAUUAUGCACACAUAAGACUUUUUAAUUUCCCGCUUCUCCUAAACGCAGACAUAAGGCCAAACUCCUGUUACUUUUAUGAUUUACCGAAAGUAAAUGCUUUAAAAUGAUACUUGAUAAAAAAAAGUAUUUAUAACUGUCUAUAAUUGUUCAGUACCAAGUUCCAUAAUUUGGUCGCUGAGAAAAGACAAGAUCGUCCGCUAGUCCGUAAGUGGUGUUCUUUACUUAAGCAUUUUAGGGAAACCCGAGUUUCAACAAAAACAGCCUCCAGAGCUCCAGUGUCAGGAACUUACCUUGGUGUAAUUUUGACCUCAUAAGAUAGUCUACUUCUUCAUUUCUAAAAUGACGUUCCAGUGAAAAGUUUUCUGCCAAAUAUGGAAAAAGUAUAUAGAUUUUCUUUCCUUAGAUCGGGUUCAAGUGAAUUCCAGAUUUUAGCAACUUGGUAGGUAAAAGGGUUCUUCAUCCAGUUAAGGUCAAACCUUUGCAUGCCAAGAUUAACACCACUACCUCUCAAGUUAUAUGUUUUAACAUAUAACUUAUAAGACUUAAAAGUCUUGAGAACUAAAACAAAUUCAAGAAUGUAUCUAAGUCCCCUACAGAUUAAAGAUUCAUAAAGCAACGAAAGUUAACUACAUAUUCUCCUGUGUUCUACAGUUUUCAUGUUUACGAUCCCAACUAAUUCCAGAUACGACAUUGUUUUAUUGUAACCUAAAUUAGAUCUCUUUUGGAGUGCACCAAUGGACAAAGGCUAAAUGGCUCAUUGACCAAUCGGAGCGUGGGCAUUACUUUGUUAUGAUUUACUGUAAUAGAUCUAGAUUUAUUCAUCGGACUUCAAAAUUCAUUGAUCGUAUCCCGGAUUUAAUUACUUUUCAGGACUGUUGCGCGCACUUUUGCGUAUUUGACAACCUUUCUCAACAUGUGAUAUUGACAUAACGAUCAUGCGUAGAAUAUUAACUGAUUUCUGGUAUAAUCUUAGCAAUGGAGGUAAACAACGUGACAAUUGAGAUUCUGGAAGCUCAAGUAAUAAUACCAGCAGAUUCUUGCAUGGCAGUGAUACGCAUGCUCCGUCAGGGAUUUCUUGCUAUUGCUACUGCAGUUGAGUAAGUAAAGAAACAGUUCAGCUAAAAGUUGAUCGUGAAAAGGAACAAAACGAAUGUAGGGAGGUCAAAAGUCAGCAACAUGUGAAUCCUUUUAGCCAUGUAGUUUUUCAUUAGCAGCAAGAGAUUUCUGGUUAUAAGCUCAUCUACAUGAAAACGAAAAACAACGAUUAUAAAAAAUGUUGUGCUAAGCAGUUAAUUUUUCGGUUGGCAAAACUAAUGGUUUGAAACAAAAUGAUGAGGGUAGGGUGUGCUACCUGUACGCCACCACGCAAGUGCUAACUUGAAAAAAAAUGUUUAAACUCACACACAGAAAAUGGAAGAAAUACGAGGUGGGUAAAAGAUAGUGCAAUCGUUUGUGUAACUUCAGUUUAACUGCUUUUAAUAUAUACUAAAACAGUGGAUAGUGUUUUUCGCGCGCUCUGAUUGGCUACUCAAUCAGUGAAUAUCCUGCACUAUUCACUGAUUCACGUCCAGUUCCUCCGAGCGGCCGACGCCAAACUCGCGUGAGUUGCGAGAAAAAUGCCUUCCCGGUUUGCUGCCGUAAACAAACAAAGAAAUUUCACAACUAAUCAAGCAAGCUGUUUCCGAAAUACACGAAGAAGGUGACGAAGUUCGGAUUGAAAGUUUUAACAGGUAAGGCUUUGUCUUUUUGACACGAAUUUAUCGAUAAAACCGGUGAAAAAGUUUUUUGUUUACAAAUGCAAAUUAAGUUUAAGUCUUGCGUUUCUUUAUUUAGUUGAGUUGUUCAAUUUAAUAAUCUUUUUUUAUAGAAUGAUUUUAAAUACAAAAGGAAUUCACAACUUCUUUUGAAGAAAUUUCCCCGCAAGAGCUAAACAAAUGCCUUCAAAAGUUUUAAUUGUCGGCAAGAAAAAGCGACGGCCGCGGCCGCCCGGUCAUUACGCGCCAAAAUUGUAAUCGUUGGCAACAGUAUUUGAGUUAAAAAUCAUCAUUUUUGUGCUCAAUUAUCUCACUUUUUUAGUAAAUAUCCACGACUAGCCACCUCCACUUCGGUGAAUAAUUGUUAUUUAUUUACCCUUAUUGGUUUUUAAUUUAACGGGUCUUUAAUUUCGCGUUUUUCGCGAUUGUAAAAAAUUAAGUCGCGAAAUUUAAUACCCAUAUAGAAAAUUCAUAUAACAGCAAAAAAAAAUUAUCAGCAUGUAAUAGUAACAACAUACUUAGGAUAUGUAUCGACAAAUACACAAAUUGCUAACUGUGGUUUUACAGGUAAGCUACAUAUUGUAUCUUCAGUUGGGAAAUAAUGUUAACUUGCAAAGAUUUCACACAUUGUUUGAGACAUUUUAAAAAGCUGACUUUUUUUACAAGACAAAAUGAAGUUAAGGUGACUCGACCCAGUUUUUUUUGGGGGGGUACCAUCCUACUUUGAAGCUCUCUGGUAUCCCCACCUUUACUUUUAUCGUAAGUCUAACACAUAGAAUGGAUAACAUAUAGAUCAAUCUACAAUAUAACAUAAAAUUUUUGGCGAUCGGAGUAAAUGUCACGUGGUUAUAACGCCACGCCCCUUUGAGGUCUGAGUCGAAAAUCGGCUGUUGCCGGCAUUUUUUCGUGAAAAUCUCUCGGCUACACGUAGUGCGCAUUAGUGCCUUGCGCUGAACAGAGUUUCACCAAAAUCGCAAAAACCCAAUUCGAGAAAUUCAGCGGUUUCCAAAUUUAGGUCAUAAUUUAUGCGAAAAUGAUAAGCAAACUUUACAAGGAUUAUAUAUAAUAAACUAUGAGAUUCAUCUCCUUAUCUUGGGCAUCGUUAUAACAGGUGGGUCCUUGCAAGUCAGCAAAACGCUUUAGGGCCUUGUAAAUGCGCGCGAUUUCGAGCAAAGCAGACAUAUAGAAAUUAUAGUUUUCGCUAUUUGUUGACGUUUGUCAGCGUUUGAGAGUCCUUCUCACGAAAAAAGCAUUUUCUUAAAAAUUCGUAGUUUUUUUUCCUUCCAAUUUUUUCAGGGCCACAAUUGAUUAACUACCUACCCGGACUCUGAAUUUCAUGGUCAUUGAAAAACUGUGACAUUAUCUUCUAUAAGCCCAAACUUGAGUAAACAUUGAAGAUUUUUAGCGUUUUGGCUGAGUUAGUGCUUUGGGAGUUGUCUAUUGUUUCUAGUCUGUCAUUAUACAGCAUUCUUGUUCAGCACGCGUGCAAUGACCGCGCUUGGCUGACUUCCGAAUGCUCACCGAGAUAUUAUAAAUUUGGUACAGUGAGACAGGCCAUCGCGUGAUACAUAGAGGUUUAAGGAACAAUUUUUAAUCAAUUCUCGUGCUUCUUGUGUCUUUGCAAAAAAAUCAAGAAGUGCUACACACUAAGUCUACUUACUAUUACAAAAAUAUCAUUUUUUCAUAGGUUUAAUGCAAGCCAAUAAUUAAACCAACUCGUGACGGGAAUAUCUCGGUGAGCAUUCGGAAGUCAGCCAAGCGUGGUCAUUGCACGCGUGCUGAACAAGAAUGCUGUAUAAUGACAGACUAGAAACAAUAGACAACUCCCAAAGCACUAACUCAGCCAAAACGCUAAAAAUCUUCAAUGUUUACUCAAUUUUGAGCUUAUAGAAGAUAAUGUCACAGUUUUUCAAUGACCAUGAAAUUCAGAGUCCGGGUAGUUAGUUAAUCAAUUGUGGCCCUGAAAAAAUUGGAAGGAAAAAAAACUACGAAUUUUUAAGAAAAUGCUUUUUUCGUGAGAAGGACUCUCAAACGCUGACAAACGUCAACAAAUUGCGAAAACUAUAAUUUCUAUAUGUUUGCUUUGCUCGAAAUCGCGCGCAUUUACAAGGCCCUAAAGCGUUUUGCUGACUUGCAAGGACCCAUCUGUUAUAACGAUGCCCAAAAUAAAGGGAUGAAUCUCUUGGUUUAUUAUAUAUAAUCCGUGUAAAGUUUGCUUAUCAUUUUCGCAUAAAUUAUGACCUAAAUUUGGAAACCGCUGAAUUUCUCGAAUUGGGUCUUUGCGAUUUUGGUGAAACUCUGUUCAGCGCAAGGCACUAAUGCGCACUAUGUGCAGCCGAGAGAUUUUCACAAAAAAAAUGCCGGCAACAGCCGAUUUUCGACUCAGACCUCAAAGGGGCGUGGCAUUAUAACCACGUGACAUUUACUCCGAUCGCCAAAAAUUUUAUGUUAUAUUGCAGAUUGAUCUAUAUGUUAUCCAUUCUAUGUGUUAGACUUACGAUAAAAGUAAAGGUGGGGAUACCAGAGAGCUUCAAAGUAGGAUGGUACCCCCCCAAAAAAACUGGGUCGAGUCACCUUAAAAACGCUGAAAUUGCGAAAUUAAAUACCAAUGAGGUAUUCAUAUCAUCAUCUUUCCCGGGUAUAUAAGAACCAAUUUAAUGACCAGCUCCUAGCUAGCUUGCUAGCUUAGGGAUGCACCAUUAGAAAUGUGAAGGGGGGGGUAGGACUUUCUGGAAAGGCAUGUUAUUUUUUUCACAACCAGCAGGAGUGCAGGAUUUUUUUUUCAACCUUCAAACCCUUGCACGAUUUUUUUUUUCCAAAAUGACUAUGCCCUCUUUUGGUCUUGUUUUACUAGACUGUUUCAACCGCGCAAAUGUUUUUUGUUGUAGUGUUCCAACAGAACACGUUUGUUUUAAGUAUAUUUUUUUCAUACUAAUUGAGAUUUUCUAUUGAAUUUUGGCGUGUGAAAACCCUGUUCAGGGUUCGCAGCCAAUCAGAAUGGCGAAACGACUUUCACACACGUGAAAAAAAGCGUUUCGUCCAGUCACAGAUGUUUAGUACAUAAUGUAAUAGGACACCUAAACACGUGCAGUGUUAGACAUGGACUUUUUUCGCAUUGUAUGUCAGAUAAAUCUCUCUCGCUUUCUGGAUCUCACUCGCAAAGCCUUGCUCGUUCAAUUUCUGAUGCGAACCAACUCGUGCGUAAAUACCGUACGCCCGCGCUGCCCAUGAAGUAAUCUAUACGUUCAAACGUCCGAACUGAGUUCAGUGGCAGUUGAAACAGCUACACAAGCAGAUCAAACGGUGUUUUACCCAAAGUAAAGUAUUGCGAAGAAAGAGGAAGAAGAAUGCUCUAAAGGAAAAUAAAGAAAAACAAAAGAAGAAAUUUCAAGCAGGCGAGGACUGGAACACAGAGAAGGAACCUGAGGGAAGACAAGAAACAGAGAAACAGAAAGAAGGAAAGCAAGCAUCUCAGUCCUUAUCAUGCAAGGACUGGAACACAGAGAAAGAACCUGAGGGAAGACAAGAGACAGAAAAACAGAAAAAGAAAAGGAAGAAGAAGAAGAAGAAGAAGAAGAAGAAGAAGAAAAAGAAGAAGAAGAAGAAGAAAAAAAAGAAGAAGUAAAACUGCAGCCAGCAUGUCAGUCUUCAUCAGGCGAGGACUGGGAUACAGAGGAAGAACUUGAAGAACAUUUCCUCUAAAUCCUACCAUAUGUCUGUGGCCCAUAUGUUUAGGUUCAAGUUUUUAUUAGAAUGCACCAUUUCUAUUUAUGGUUUUGCAAAGCAUUCAAAAUAUUUUGUGUUAGUUUGGGUAAAUAAUAUUCUUAAUACUUUUAAAUGCAGCGGGAUCUGCAGUGUGAUUGGUGUUUUUGGGACAUCUACUUUUGUUUAUAGCUGUAAACUUUAUGGAUUCAAGUAGCAACGCAUAUUGUACAACACCAACUCCAUAAACUUGCGUGCAAGUGGAACUAUUGACGUUGUUAACACAAUCUCACUUUAAUCCCAUUAAAACAAAAGUAUUUCAAUAAAAAGUUUAUUUAAUUUAUAAAGUUAAACAAUUAUCACCACAGUCUCUUAAUUUAAUACUAUGGCAGCUAUAGAGAUCAAGGGCAUCAGAGUUGGUUCAAAUUGAAAUCUCUAUUUAGCCAGUAGAAAUUGUUUUUUCUGCCUGAAAUGUAGUUUGACAUGAAUUUAGGAAGUUGGGGGAAGGGGAUUUCCUGUUACAGAUCACAGAUUUAUUUUUCAGACUGUGUAAUAUAUUGUCGCAGUCACAUUGGUUAUCCAAGCAGGAUAUUUUUUUCUGGUUUCGUUGCAAUGCAGGAUUUUUUUUUCUUAAAAUUUUGUUUUGCAGGAUUUUUUUUUUUGUUUUUGGACUCCCCCCCCCUUCACAUUUCUAAUGGUGCAUCCCUUAAUGGAUUAGAGCGCUGUACCGGUAUCGCUGGCAGAGGUCAGGGUUCAAAUACCGCUUUCUUUUCGCAACUGCAAAAGAUGCGUAUUUAACUUAACUUUGAUGAUCUUCUGUGGUUUUAUUCUAUUACUUUUAAAUAAUUGUUUAGAACAAAAUUCCAUGUAUUUUCUCAAUUUGCUUUAUAUGCCGUAAAUGUUUGUAUAUAUGCCCAUCUACAUGAAACGAAAAACAUUUUGCGAAUGUACCAAAGCCUACCAGAUUACCACCUUUAGAUGUAUUAAAUUAUUCUUCGUCUCUCUUUUGUCAGUUAAAGUCGUACUUUUCCUUUUUUAUGUUAUUGCUACGGGCUGAGUUUAAGUUUUAACUUUGAUUUUAUACCUAAUUCUGACGGGAGAUUAAAUUAAUAGAAUUCAAACAAGAAACUUCAAGAUGUGUUUUGAUGUAACUGAAUGGUUAAUUUAUUAUGUCCAGGCAUUCAAUUCUUAACAUUUUUCGCACUACUUCUGUUGGAUAUAGAACUCACCUAAAAUCUCUUGCUAAGUUGCAAAAGCCCAGGGCUUGUAACCGGGAUUUUACAGUAAGACAUUGGGGAGUUGCGCGCCUACUGCGCGGAAAGACUGAGUAGAUUGUAAUAAUACCGCAUAUCAUGGUUAUUUGUCUUUAAGCUAUGAUACAAAAAGCUUGACAGCGGAACCAAACAUGCACUUCAAAGCUGCCACUGGUAAACAACUGGCGUUUGCUCCGGGAGAGGUUUUCAAGGAAGUUAAAAUUGGUAUCAUUAACAAGGAUAACAGCUUUGAAGGCAACAGAACCUUUCAAGUCAUUUUCUCAAGUCCACACAGCUCCGUUAUAUUGAAAGGUCCGAAGCAGGUCAAUGUAACUAUUAUGUACACCAAAGGUAAAAAUGGGAUGUAUUAA